AUGGCCCACAAAUCUAUAAAAUCAUUGCCAUCGUUUCCCUUUGGGGGCUGCGGACCAAAAUGGGGGGGAAAGGUUUAUGCUAAACCGUUUGGGGGUGGCCGUGUUGCUGGUCAUCGCCUUCCCAGCCCUUUUGUGGGCCCCGUUUUGUUUUAUGCAAACCCAAAAAAUUUUGAUGACAGCCACGCCUCAAAACUACUAAUGAAUAUGGAUGAAAAAGUGGACCCAUGCGACGAUUUCUACGAUUUCGCAUGCGGUUCCUUUGUAAAGAACACCCGCAUACCCGAUGAUAAAACUUCCGUGAACACCUUUUCCAUCAUCACCGACCAGCUUCAAGAACAGAUAAGAGCUUUACUAGACGAACCCAUAGCAAAGAAUGAGCCAAAACCGUUUGUUCUCGCAAAAACUUUGUUCCAAGCCUGCAUGAACCGAAGUGCUAUAGAAGCUCGCGGUGUGCAGCCUCUACUGGACAUGUUGCGUCGCCUGGGCGGGUGGCCCGUGCUUGACGGUGACAAGUGGGACGAGCGUUCCUUCUCCUGGGAACAGUCAGUCUAUAAGUUCCGCAAUGCUGGAUACUCGCUGGACCAGGCGUCAUUAGGUUUGAGCCGAGAGUACCUGAACCGUGGAUUUAGCGAUAAACUCGUCCAGGCCUAUUACGAGUACAUGGUUGAUAUCGCAACUCUACUGGGCGCGGACCGAGCAAGGGCCAAGGUUGACCUUAAGAACUCGCUGGAGUUCGAAAUGAAACUUGCCAAUAUUUCCUUGCCACUUGAAAAACGUCGUAACGCUACAAGCCUUUACAAUCCUAUGACUGUUGCAGAAUUACAAGAGAAAAUCCCAUGGCUGGAGUACAUUAACCGUCUUCUCACACCGCAUGUCAAUAUUGGAGUAGAUGAAGUUACCAUCGUCAGUGUACCGAAAUACAUUUCAGAUCUCGAGGUCCUUUUGGAAACAACGCCUAAGCGCGUGCAAGCCAACUAUGUUAUGUGGCGUGUCGCCGGUGCAUCUGUGUCUUAUCUAACUGACAACCUUCGACGAAGGCAACUUGCUUACGUCACAGCAUUAUCUGGGAAAACAGAGCGAGAAAGCAGAUGGAAGGAGUGCGCCGACAACACCAGUGCCAGUAUGUCUAUUGCAGUAGGUGCUCUUUACAUCAGAAAAUAUUUUAAUGAGAACUCUAAAGCCAAUGCGUUGGAAAUGGUGAACGAUAUCAAGCAACAGUUCCGUCAGACCUUGAACGAGGUGGAGUGGAUGGAUGAUAAGACCCGUAAGGCUGCUCUCGAAAAGGCAGACUCCAUGGCCUCACACAUCGCUUACCCCAGUGAAAUGCUUGAUAACGAUAAACUGACGAAAUUCUACUCUGGGUUGGAGAUGUCAUCGGACAAGCUAAUGGAGUCGGUACUUAAUUUGACAUUGUUCGGCACUGAGUAUCUGUUCAGCAAGCUCAGAGAGCCCGUUAACAAGACCGACUGGGUCACCCACGGACGCCCCGCUAUCGUCAAUGCUUUCUACUCCUCCAUUGAAAACAGUAUCCAGUUCCCUGCCGGAAUCCUGCAAGGCGCUUUCUUCUCAGCCAAGCGACCUGCCUACAUGAAUUAUGGAGCUAUCGGCUUUGUAAUUGGCCACGAGAUCACACACGGGUUUGAUGAUCAGGGCCGUCAAUUUGACCAGAAUGGAAACUUAGUUGACUGGUGGCAAGAGAUGACCAAACAGAAGUAUCUUGAGAAAGCCAAAUGUAUCAUUGAUCAGUAUUCUAACUACACCGUGAGUGAAGUGGGAUUAAAGUUGAAUGGAGUGAACACCCAAGGUGAGAAUAUUGCUGACAAUGGUGGAAUUAAAGAGGCAUACUACGCUUACCAGGCUUGGACGAAUCGCCAUGGAGAAGAGGCUCGGCUUCCAGGUCUUGAGAAGUACACCCCCAAACAGUUGUUCUGGCUGAGCGCAGCAAACACCUGGUGCGCGGUGUACCGUAACGAGGCGAUCAAACUGCGAAUCACGACAGGCUUUCACGCGCCAGGACGCUUCCGAGUCAUCGGUCCAUUGGCCAACAUGGAGGAGUUCGCAAACGAUUUCAAAUGUCCCGUCGGGUCGCCCAUGAACCCUGCCCAUAAGUGUAAAGUGUGUAGUGCCACUUACACCUCUGUUUUCUCGAACGCUGAGACGAACUCGUCGGUGCGUGAACGCCGCGGACUCCACUAA